UAGUACCGGAAGUAGCCUUGUGAGCAGCUUCUCUUCCGGGUAGACAAUAGCUGGAACUUUCUCCUGUGUAGUCAGCCGCCAGCCCCCGGGGACCAUGGAGGCCGCGCGACCGGCAGGGACAUUCGUGGUGGUGGGAGGCGGCAUCGCUGGCGUCACGUGUGCCGAGCAGCUGGCUAUUAAUUUCCCCGCAGAAGACAUUCUCCUGGUCACAGCCUCUCCUGUUAUCAAAGCAGUUACAAACUUCAAACAGGUGUCUAAAGUACUGGAAGAAUUUGAUGUUGAAGAACAGCCAAGCACCAUGCUGGAAAAUCGCUUUCCCAACAUUAAGGUCAUAGAAUCUGGAGUAAAGCAGCUGAAGAGUGACAAGCACUGCAUCUUCACAGAAGAUGGCCGUGAGUAUGUGUAUAAGAAACUCUGCCUGUGUGCUGGAGCUAAGCCAAAGUUAAUCUGCGAGGGAAAUCCCUAUGUACUGGGGAUCCGUGAUACAGACAGUGCUCAGGAAUUUCAGAAACAGCUUACAAAAGCCAGGAGAAUAAUGAUUGUCGGGAAUGGUGGCAUUGCUCUGGAGCUGGCGUAUGAAGUCGAAGGCUGUGAAGUGAUUUGGGCCAUAAAGGAUAAAGCCAUUGGAAAUACAUUCUUUGAUGCGGGCGCAGCAGAGUUUUUGACUUCCAGGCUCCUGUCUGAAAAAUCGGAGGCUAAACUUGCACACAAAAGAACGAUCUACACAGUCGAAGAAGCAAAAAAGGAAACCAGUACCAAAUCUAAAGCCGAUUAUGUGGGCAGUGCCCUUGGACCAGACUGGCAUGGAGGCUUGGCUUUGAAAGGAACAGAGGAGUUUUCUCACAGUAUUCACAUUGAAACCAAAUGUGAAGUAAAGAAAAUCUACCUUCAAGAGGAGUUUAAGAUUAUGAAGAAAAAAUCCUUGGCUUUUCCAAAGGAUCACCAUAAGUCAGUUACAGUUGAUAAAGAAAUGUGGCCUGUGUAUGUGGAACUGACGAACGGCAGCAUAUACGGCUGUGAUUUCCUUGUCAGCGCUACAGGAGUCACCCCAAAUGUGCAGCCGUUUCUCCAUGGAAACGAUUUUGACCUAGGAGAAGAUGGCGGCCUGAGAGUAGAUGAGCAGAUGCGCACGUCACUUCCUGAUAUCUAUGCUGCUGGAGACAUCUGUACUGCAUGCUGGCCGCCAAGCCCAGUCUGGCAGCAGAUGAGACUGUGGACGCAGGCACGGCAGAUGGGGUGCUAUGCAGCCAAGUGCAUGGCUGCAGCUACUAUGGGGCAUCCUAUUGACAUGGACUUCAGCUUUGAACUGUUUGCUCAUGUCACUAAAUUUUUUAACUAUAAGUGGAAGAAACAGACACAGAAGACAAAUGGGCUGUGUACUUGAGAUACUGCUGCAGGAGAGCAUGUACGAUGAUUUUCUCCAGGUCUUCUCGGGGAAGGGCUGGGACAGCAACGCCAGCCACUCUGAACUUGGCUGCUCCCUUUCCCAUCCAAGCAUCAAUCAGCUUCAGUGGGGUGAGCUUUUCAUUCAGUCCUUCUGCCUGCUUCAGAAUCUUGAUCAGGGCUUGGCAGUGCUCGGUUAUAUUCUUUUUCUCAAACGCUGCAAGGACAGACAUGGUGGGCAACUGGGAUCUAAAGAUGAGGGCAGGAAGCCACCUCUGCUUUAACUGGCUCAGUAAGCACGACAGGCCCCUUACACAUAUUUUUUUUUUUUAAAUGUGCUCAGAAUUAAGACCAGGGUGUUGUUCCUCAAGGCUCUAUCACCAGAUCAAAUUCUGUCCCUAAAACACAUGUAAGGAUCGGGGUGAUGUAAAGAAAAUGACCUGACUAUCAAAGACCAAAGUGUGCCCUGGUAACAAGUGUCUGUCAGCUGUCACUGGAAGGUGAGCACUGCAGAACCAAGUGCUCUUCCCUUUCUUACCUCAUUCUGAUCAUCAUUCAUUCAUACUGUGAGAGCCAGGCUGGGCUCCUAGAGAACAUCCUAAGUCCAAGGCCCCAAGUACUGGGCUUAGCAUCCUGACUUACAUGCUGGACCCAUGUCAGUGUGGUCUCUGUAAGACAGCCUUCUGAACUAGUAAAUGAGCAUCUGCAGCCGUCAAGUUAGUGCAGAGACCAUCCACUGAACCAUCGGAACCGUGGUCAGUCCAGCUUCUCAAGAACACAGCACAAAACACGGAACCCUGUACUGUGAGAAGCCACUGACCAAGACAGACUGUGAAAUACUAAGGAUUGUCUUUCCUUAUGUAACAGUAUUUCUAUUUAGAGGAACUCUAACAUUUCUUUAAAAAUGUGCUGCCUCCAGGAUAGCAAUAUAAAAUGUGUCAUACACAUUUGA